AUGGCAGUCCCCGGCGAGGCCGCCCGAAUCAAUGACCAGCCGGGCCACGGCGGGGUGAGUCCCACCCCCGCGGCCGGCCCAGGGCGCGCGGGCCCCGCAUCGCCGCGGGGAGACCCCAGCUGCCGCGGCUGCUGGGGAGACCCGGUGCGGCGGCCGCUGGGGCGCUCGCGGAAACUUUCCUCCGCGCUGUGCGCGGGGUCCCUGUCCUUCCUGCUGGCGCUGCUGGUGAGGCUGGUCCGCGGGGAGAGCGGCUGUGACCUAGAGCAGAGCCAGGAGGCGGCGGCGGCGGAGGAGGAGGAGGAAGCGGCCGCAGGAGCAGAAGGGGGCGUCUUCCCGGGGCCUCGGGGAGGUGCUCCCGGGGGCGGCGCGCCGCUCAGCCCCUGGCUGCAGCCCACGGCGCUGCUCUUCAGUCUCCUGUGUGCCUUCUUCUGGAUGGGCUUGUACCUCCUGCGCGCCGGGGUGCGCCUGCCUCUGGCCGUCGCGCUGCUGGCCGCCUGCUGCGGGGGGGAAGCGCUCGUCCAGAUCGGGCUGGGCGUCGGGGAGGAUCACUUACUCUCGCUCCCCGCCGCUGGGGUGGUGCUCAGCUGCUUGGCCGCCGCGACAUGGCUGGUGCUGAGGCUGAGGCUGGGCGUCCUCAUGAUCGCCUUGACUAGCGCGGUCAGGAUCGUGUCCCUCAUUUCCUUAGAGAGGUUCAAGGUCGCCUGGAGACCUUACCUGGCGUACUUGGCCGGCGUGCUGGGGAUACUCCUGGCCAGGUACGCGGAGCAGAGCUUGCCGCAGUCCGCGGGAGCGGCCACGAGGGAGCAGUUGGCGUCCCAGCUGAUUGCUGGGACCAAAGACGAGAUCCCGGUGUUCAGGAGGAGGAGGCGAUCCAGCUCCGUGGUGUCCGCCGAGAUGUCGGGCUGCGGCGGCAAGUCCCAUCGGAGGACGUCCCUGCCUUGCAUACCGAGGGAACAGCUCAUGGGGCAUUCAGAAUGGGACCACAAACGAGGGCCAAGAGGAUCACAGUCUUCAGGAACCAGUAUCACUGUGGACAUUGCCGUGAUGGGCGAGGCUCACGGCCUCAUUACCGACCUCCUGGCAGACCCUUCUCUGCCCCCCAAUGUGUGCACAUCCUUGCGGGCCGUGAGCAACCUGCUCAGCACCCAGCUCACCUUCCAGGCCAUUCACAAGCCCCGAGUGAAUCCUGUCGUUUCCUUCAGUGAAAACUAUACCUGUUCUGAUUCUGAAGAAAGCUCCGAAAAAGACAAGCUGGCUAUUCCCAAGCGCCUGAGAAGGAGCUUGCCCCCUGGUUUGUUGAGACGAGUUUCGUCAACUUGGACAACCACCACCUCAGCCACAGGUCUACCCACUUUGGAGCCGGCCCCAGUACGGCGGGAUCGCAGCGCCAGCAUCAAACUGCAUGAAGCACCUUUACCAAGCUCUGACUCUUGGAAUAACCCCACGAUGAUGACCCUCACCAAAAGCAGAUCCUUCACUUCAUCCUAUGCCGUUUCUGCAGCUAACUAUGUGAAAGCUAAAAAGCCAAGUCGCCCAGGUGCCCUCGCUAAAAUUUCGCCUCUCUCAUCGCCCUGUUCCUCACCUCUCCAAGGGACUCCAGCCAGCAGUCCAGUCAGCAAAAUUUCUACAGUUCAGUUUCUAGAAUCUGCCGAGACAACUGCCAAACCAGGCCUAGGUUCGCACAGGGCCUUAACUUACACUCAGAGUGCCCCUGACCUGUCUCCUCAGAUACUGACGCCACCUGUUAUAUGUAGCAGCUGUGGCAGGCCAUAUUCCCAAGGCAAUCCUGCUGAUGGGCCCCUGGAGAGAAGUGGUACAGCCAUUCGGACACCAAGCAGAACGGAUGACACUGCUCAAGUUACCUCUGAUUAUGAAACUAAUAACAACAGUGAUAGCAGUGAUAUUGUACAGAAUGAAGAUGAAACCGAGUGCCCAGCAGAGCCGCUGAGGAAAGCUUCGGCUAGUAGCCCCUACACACCUGAGACCAUGAUGUUCCUGGACAAACCAAUUCUUGCUCCUGAACCUCUUGUCAUGGAUAACUUGGACUCAAUCAUGGAGCAGCUAAAUACUUGGAAUUUUCCAAUUUUUGAUUUGGUGGAAAAAAUAGGAAGAAAAUGUGGCCGUAUUCUUAGUCAAGUAUCAUACAGACUUUUUGAAGACAUGGGCCUCUUUGAAGCUUUCAAAAUUCCAGUUAGGGAAUUUAUGAAUUACUUUCAUGCUUUGGAGAUUGGAUACCGGGAAAUUCCUUAUCAUAACAGAAUCCAUGCUACUGACGUCUUACAUGCUGUUUGGUAUCUUACUACGCAACCUAUCCCUGGCCUCUCAACUGUGAUUAAUGAUCAUGGAUCAGCAAGUGAUUCAGAUUCUGACAGUGGAUUUACACAUGGACACAUGGGAUAUGUAUUCUCAAAAAUGUAUAAUGUGCCGGAUGAUAAAUACGGAUGUCUGUCUGGAAAUAUUCCUGCCUUAGAGUUGAUGGCACUGUAUGUGGCUGCAGCCAUGCAUGACUAUGACCACCCAGGAAGGACUAACGCGUUCCUGGUGGCAACUAGUGCUCCUCAGGCGGUGCUCUACAAUGAUCGCUCAGUUCUGGAGAAUCAUCAUGCAGCUGCUGCAUGGAACCUUUUCAUGUCCCGGCCAGAGUACAACUUCUUAGUUAACCUUGACCAUGUGGAAUUUAAGCAUUUCCGUUUCCUUGUCAUUGAAGCAAUUUUGGCCACUGACUUGAAGAAACACUUUGACUUCGUAGCCAAAUUUAAUGCCAAGGUAAAUGAUGAUGUUGGAAUAGAUUGGACCAAUGAAAACGACCGUCUACUAGUUUGUCAAAUGUGUAUAAAGUUGGCUGAUAUCAAUGGGCCAGCUAAAAGUAAAGAGCUCCAUCUUCAGUGGACAGAGGGUAUUGUCAGUGAAUUUUAUGAACAGGGUGACGAAGAGGCCAGCCUUGGGUUACCAAUAAGCCCCUUCAUGGACCGUUCUGCUCCCCAGCUGGCCAACCUUCAGGAAUCCUUUAUCUCUCACAUUGUGGGUCCUCUGUGCAACUCCUAUGAUUCAGCAGGACUGAUGCCAGGGAAAUGGGUGGAAGGCAGUGAUGAGUCAGGAGAUACUGAUGACCCAGAAGAAGAGGAGGAGGAAGAAGAAGCACCAAAUGAAGAGGAAACCUAUGAAAAUAAUGAAUCUCCAAGAAAGAAAACUUUCAAAAGGAGGAAAAUCUGCUGCCAAAUAACUCAGCACCUCGUGCAGAACCACACGAUGUGGAAGAAAGUCAUUGAAGAGGAGCAGCGGUUGGCGGGAAUCGAAAGCCAGUCCUCGGACCAGUCUCCCCAACAGCAUUCCUCAGAACACAUCCAGGCCAUCAGGGAAGAAGAAGAAGAAAAGGGGAAGCUGAGAGAAGAGGAGACCCCAGCCCCACAGCCAAACCAGUGACAGUGGAUAGAAUGAGCUCUGCCUCGAAACCCAGUGACUUGUCACAGACUCUUUCCAAGCCAGCACAACACUUAGACACAACACUGUAGAAAUACGAGAAGAUGGGCAAAUGGCCAUUGCAUUUGGGGAGUCUUCGCAUUUUAUGUGUUUAUUUUUACAGUGAGGUACAUGGUUAAAAACUCUUGCUCAGAGAAGCUUUCACCUUGCAACACCAGCUUCUAAGGAUUUUUUUUUUUAAGGAAGAAAUAUAUAUAUGUGUGUGUGUAUAUAAGCUCUCACGUAGAUACAAGUAAAACAUAUUCACACACACACACACGCACACACAUACACACUGAAAGCCAGAAGUACUGGCUCCACAUUUUAGUAACAUUCAUAUUAAGAUAUAUAGUGGUCACUGUGAUAUAAUAAAUCGUAAAAGAAAAAAUAAAGGAAAAUGAAGGAAAUGGUGAGGCUUAGCAGGGAACAGGGCAGCAAAUGUAGGUUACAACUAAGAAGCUUUUGCUCUUAGGACUGAGGGAUGAACGUUCCAGAGAAUUAUUUGAAUUCUUAUACACCCUACCAACAUCGUGUGUGUGUGAGUGUG